GAUCGAGAAGCGAAACGUAUAUAAAUAAACCCUAGAAAACACAGGGAUCUCCGCCCACCAAUUUCACUCUUCUUCUGCUUAUGCUCUUUCCGAAUCACACAAUGUCGGGUUACGUAUGGGAAGAGUUGAUCGAUAACAUCUUCAAAACACUACCACCGAAAUCCCUUCUCCGAUUUAGAUGUCUUUCCAAAUCAUGGUGUUCUCGUAUCGGUAGCCCCGAUUUCAUCCGUACGCAUGCUCUUCGAUUUGACAAAAACUUGCAAAAAGUCCUUGUUAAGCACUGGACUUAUGACAAAAGACGUGGUAUGGAAGAAUUCUUUACGUUACAUCCUGAAAACCGAUUACCCUUGAGUCAUAGACACGGAUACACAGGGAUAGGUAAGUUUCCUUGCAAUGAUUGCUGUAUUGUUGGCUCAUGUAAUGGACUUCUAUGUCUAUUUCAUCAUGAAAUUGGUACGAUUGCUCUAUGGAACCCUUCCAUCAGGCACCAACUAACCUUGCCUCCUCAUCCUUACACGAGGAACUACUCUCCUCAAUCCCCUCGUGUAGCACUCGGGUUUGGUUUCGACCCGGUCACUGAUGAUUACAAGAUUGUGAGGAUAUCCUACUACACAUUCAAAAGAGUUGAACCAACAUCAAUGGUUUACACCAUAAACACAGGCACCUGGCGUGUCAUUGCCUCCCCUACUACUCGACUUUCUAAUGUGCAGUGUUCUGCCUGUUUUGUMAAUGGAGCAUUGCAUUGGAUCGUAACAGAACAAGAUAACAAAGACCAUUGUUAUAUAAUGUCAUUCGGUUUGAGCACAGAAGUUUUUGGGAGGGUUCUAUUACCAGAACCCGGUUCGGAAGCCAGAGAACUAACAACCAUCAAAGAUUCUUUAGCUGUGAUUACGGGUGAAUGUCAUAAUCCUAGGAUAUGGGUGAUGAGAGAGGACAAUAAUGUUGCUUCUUGGUCUAUGUUUUUUAAUUUGGAAGCUCUUCCUGGUGAAGGAGGAAUACACAGAGUUUUACUAUUGACCACCAAUAGGGAUCUCGUGUUCCUCAUUUACUGUGAGGGGUAUAAAGUUUAUAAUCCAGCGACAGGCGUCCUAUCAAGGCUUGUGAAAUUCAACGCAGGUUCUUACCAACUCGAAGUUGAAACAUAUGCGGAAAGCCUUGUAUUGUUGAACAAAGGGACUGCUUGCAAUGGAAACCAACCACCUUGGCUGCAAUCAAAAAAGAGAAAGCAGAACUUCGGGGUAAGUAGCUUAUGGCACUAAAUUAUGUAAGAGUAUUAGAUCAGUUUUCCCAUUUGAGUUAUCAAAAAGUGAUAAACUUGUUUACUUAACAUGUCUGAGUAUGCUGCGUUAUAUUCAUUUGAAGAAAGACGGGGUUAAAUUUUAUUAGUUCUUUUGAGCAAACAGUAGGCACAAGGUACA